CCUCGUUCCGGCAGAGAUGCCAAGGCAAAAGUUAAGCAUGGGAGGCCGGAUAUCUCACCAGAUGAAGGUGGCCAUUGAAGAAAUAAAGCUCAAACAUGUGCAGCACAAACAGGGCAUCGAAUUUCCCGGCUCGGAUUUUCACGCCAGCGAUCACAAGCAAUGGAUGCUGAGUUCGAAUCUCAGCAAGGCACCGCUGAGACAAAUAAUGUGGCCAGGCACUCACGACUCUGCCACAGACGGCAUGGGGUUUCUUCUCCUGGUCCGGCCUCUCGUGCAGUGCCAGACAUGCUCUGUCUAUCAGCAGCUCCUGAAAGGCACCAGAGUGUUGGACAUCAGAGUGGACCACACCAUGCAUGUCUGUCACGGUCUCAUUCAAGGCUAUUCUUUACAUAUUGUCAUCCAACAGGUCUUGAAAUUUCUUUCUGAGACUUCCAUGGAAUUCAUCAUUUUACAGUUUCGAACAGAGUAUGGCCACAGAGACCCCCCGGAGAUCCAAAAAUGGCUGAUCCAGCAGCUUGGAGAUUAUUUAAUUGCUCCUGGAAUGAGCGUUUUUGGGAAAACUUUGGGCGAAUUGAUGCCCAAGCGAGUUAUUUGUGUAUGGAAACCCUCGUCAUCGUUUUCCGCUGCUGUUUCUCCUUUAUGGAGCUCCGGAUUUCUGAGGGAUAAUUGGAUUGAUACGGAUCUUCCGGCGACCAAAUUUGAGAGUAAUAUGGAGUAUCUGGCGGCUCAAGUGCCUGUGGAUUCAAGGUAUUAUUUUUACAGAGUGGAGAAUACGGUGACUCCGCAGGCAGACAGUCUGGUGUUCUGUGUGAAACCUGUGACGAAUCAGAUUAGAGGGUUUGCCCGAUUGUUUAUCUCACAGGCUUUUCGCAGAGGGUAUGGCGAUAGGCUGCAAGUGUUUUCCUGUGAUUUUAUUGAUGAAGACUUUGUGGACGCCUGUAUUGGAGUUACGCUUGCCAGAAUGGAAAAUUCAAAGUAGGAAGGAUUUGGGUUCUUCUUCUUAUAGGGGAAAGGACCUAGUAGUUGAGCAUGUUUCAAUUGUUGUGAGGGUUGUUGAUACCUUUUGUUCCAAAAAUUGAACAAAUAAAAUCUAUUGUUUGAAACAAAAAAUAUCAAUUUUUGUUAGGAAAUGUACCAACAGUUGUUAGGAAAUGUACCAAUAGUUGUUAAGAAAUGUACUAAUAUUGUAAAAAGUAACCAAUCAGGUGAUGCCACAUCGGCUGCACAACUAUUGGGGUCUCUAAUGCACGUCUAUUGGUCUCACUUUUUUUGGGGCUGUUUUGGACACCUUGGCAAAAAGCAUGCUGAUGUGGCAUCAUAUUUGAUGAUGUGGCCCUGAAACCUUAGUUAUAAGCAGGGGACUUGCCAAGUAAGCUGCUGUAAAAAAAUCGGAGUGAUUCGAAAUUUCCAAAUAGGAUUUUGAGAAGCGUGAAGUUAGGGUGCACGACUACUGGGUCCUUUCCCCUACUUAGUUACUGUUCAUCGCUUUCCUUUCUGUACGGUUUCCCAAUUGAAUUUAUUGGAUUGUUGAAACUUCUUUUUCUUUCAAAUGAUCACUGGCAGUUUGUCAAAGCGACAUUUGAGCCACUUUAGGCCA